AUGGGUGCCAAUCGAAGAAAUUUUUUAUGGAAAAACAGACAACUUGAGAAAUUCGUUUGCACAAACCGGUGAGCAAAAAAUUGACACUGAUCUUAUUAUUUCGGACCAUAUCGAUGAUAUGGUUCGUUAUACUGAUUCAUUUUAUAUUAUCUUUUUUUUAUGUUUGUUACGUUCACAUUUUUAAAUUAAUUUUAAAAUAUUUUUAUUUAAUAAAUAAAUAAUUAAAAUUAUAAUGGCAAACAUAGAUUAGUCCAAUGUAGAUGAUCAUGUUUUUGAAAUUAUGUAUUGAAUAUAUAAUUAAUAAUUAAUAUAAAAUGAAUUGCAUAGGUGGUUAAUUUAUUUUCAUUUUAGCUGUCAUGCGGAUUAUAGUAGUAAUCCAAAUUGUACUUUUGUUAAAAUUUAUUAUUUAGCAUUCUAGUAUUACUAGAAUAAUCAUUCAGAAAAAAUAUCAGUAACGUUUGAAUUAUUCAGAGAAAACUGUGAUAACAUAGAAAAGUGUUCUGUGUGAUAACAAAUAACUAUAGACUAUAGAGGGGAUAAUGAUAUUUUGUACCAACAAGUCAACGAAUUUCUUGUAUAACCGGUACCAUAAUAUCCGAAUCGGUAUCACGGGGUAUGAAAGAUUCGGCAACAUCUUAAUCGAUCUUCUUUCUACGUACCAAUGUGUACCGAUCCGUUUUGGAAUAGCGGCAUGAUAAAUCGGAAUCAAAAUGGUACACCGGUUCGUAUCAACUAUAGUGCGUUUCACAACUGUGACUCGACGCUAACGCGCCUCGUGGUGUUUUUUCAUCAGGGUUUCUAAAGCGCGUAAUAAUGCGCGGCAAAUUUAAAAUUGAUAACGAAUAUUUUACACUUUUUCAAAUUAUACAUUUAUUAAAUAAGAUAAUCAACGAAUCAUAUUUUAUGUUACACUUAAUUAUUCUUAGUUAUUCUUUUAACGCUGCCUGAUACCACAUGCUUCAGAAGUCUUUUGUUGCGCUUGUAGAAAAAAAUUUGCUACUUCAGGAUUCGUCGAGUCUUUAGAUAAUUUUUUAAAAUACGAAUAUACACUAAAAACCAUUUUUUUAGUUUGAGAGUGAAUAUCUACUGAAUGGUUAGACAUUUUUAAAUAAAUAAUUAACUAUAUUAAAAAAUAUAUAUAAAUCGUACAGACGUAAUACGUAAGUAAUGCGUAAGGAAUAGUCAACAACGAACAAUAGUACAACAGUACGCACUUCACACUGGAGACUGGAUGGCACAAUAAUUAUAGCUGCAACAGGGGUUGUUGUUUGACCACAUUCCUACGCAUGGGGGUCGGUAGGGAGUAACAAACCUACUCAUACACAACAGCGGUACAUAAAAUAAACAUACUCAUAACCCAGCUGCUCUUACUAUUUGUUUAGAAAAAACGCAUGCUAUUUAUUUUCUAUCCUAGAUUGAGAACCCCUGGUUUGAGACAAAACCGCUACGAGUCGCGUUAGCGUCGAGUCGCAGUUUUUGUGAAACUUACUAUAAUUUCUAGAAUAACUAGUUAUUAGAUCUACGAGAUUUCCGGUUCUCAAGACAUUUUGGUGCUGCCAUAUAUUUCUCUAUUCUUCUACUGUGGUAUUUUAUCAUAUUCAGUGAUACCGUCCACAGGAUAACAGAAUAAUUUUGAUAAUAAUUUAACAAAAACAUUUUCAUUCUACUUAUCCUUGAAUUGUUUAAAAUGCUAAUUCAUUAAUUAUGUAUUCGAAAUGAUUGUUACAUUUUAAUACUUAUGAAUAUUAUUUCGCUAGUUAAUAUUUGUAUAAUAAGCUGACAGGGCAUAGUUAUAAUUUUUAAAUAGUUUGUUUAAAUAAUAAUUAUUAUAUUAUUACACAGUACACACAUAAUUUAGGUAUAUUCAAUUUUUAUUUGAAUUGAUUAUUAUUUUAUUUUUUAUAGAUAUUUAUUAUUAUAGUUUGUUAGUUAUAUAUAUAUUUAUUGGUAUGUAUUUCACAAUUAUUAUUUAAUACUAGAUAUUAGACAUGACAAUGUAAGUACAUUGUUCAUACUUACAAACUAAUAUGUAAUAUUUGUACUUAAAUUAAAAAUGUAAAAUAAAACCAUCUACUCUAAAUAUUUCAUUUUGUAUUGAAUCUUAUUAGGAUGUUUCUGGCUUGAUAAUUGUCAUGUCAUGACAAUAGUAAAAUAUAAGUUUACAGUUGUGUAAUUAAUACAUCUAACUUAAAAUGUGCAAAUUUAAUAUUUUUAAAUCAUACACGAAAUAAUAUAUUUUACUUUUUAAUGGCAGUUAUUUAACCAUGAUUGUUAUUUGAAAAUAAAAACAAUUGAAUGUUAUAAGGUUGGUAGAUAUUAAAAAGAAUUAUACUAAAAGCAAAAUCAAUUGGAUAUUUAAGAUUUAAUAAAACCAAAACUAAACUGCAUUUUCAAAAAAUACUGAGGUUUUCAAAUGUAUUAAUAGUACAUAAUAUGUGUUAAUAUUUCAUAAUUUUAUUCAAAAUUGUUUGUUAUUAUUAACUAGUAUUAUUAUUUUAGGUCUUGGAUACUUUAACUUUUUGUACACAAUAUGAUGCAUUUUUUUAUGAUAAAUUUCUAAAAAACAUCUCAUAGCCACCUCAAAAAUGUAUAUGUAUACUUAUUAAUUAAAUAAAUGUGGCUAUAAAUUAUCUGAAAAAUUUCUAGACUACUAAAAUCAGUUAAUGAAUCUUUUUGGACUGGAUUUAUUUAUUUGUUUACGCAUAUGAAGAGUGUUUUUCAAUUUAAAAAUAGUAGUAAUAAUAAUAAUUAUUAUUAUUAUAACAUAAUAAAAUAAUAAUAAACGAGUUAAAUACAGUAAAGGAGUUCAGUUUUAUAAUAAAGAGUAAAAUUUAAAAUUAUAUUGUAAUUAUAUAUUUAAUUGAUUAUUGUAUAUUGAAUUUUAAUAUAUAUUUUAAUUAAUAAGAAUUGUAUUAUAUAAUAUAAGUUAUGUAUAUCAAAUUAAUAUUUGCAUGAAUAUACUUGAUAUUUUGUUUGCAUUAAUUAUUUAAAUGUAUUUUUACCUUUAUUUCAUUGACAAAAUUAAUUAAUAAUACAAACACAUUUUUAAUUUAAAUUAAGUCAAACUGGUGAAACUUCAUUAUUUCUUUUUAUCUAUUAUGUAAAUUUCAACUAUGAAGACUAGAUAUAAUAUCUCUAGUCUUCAUAGUUAAAUUGACAAAUUUAUUUGUCAAGUUUAUAACCUUAAAUUUUAUAAUACAAUUAUUAUGAUAUGAUUAAGUGAAAACAUAUAUCAUAAUAUAAUUGCAUUUUGGAUAAAUUGAUUAUAAUGGUUAAAUCCUGUAGUAAGUAGGUAUUGAUAAUUUUAAGUUAUUGCUUUAGUAGUAGAUUGAUAAUUGAUAAAUUAAAUUACAUUUUAAAAAAAAAAUAUACAAACUCCAAUGUUUACUGUUAAAUAUAAACAGUGCCUUGUAAACCACAAUUUGAAAUGUGUUUGUGCUAAAAACAUCAUAAAAAAAAAAAAAGAAUAAAUAAAUAUAGGUAUUGAAAUAUUAAAGGGGAGUCAAAUUUCAGACUUUAUUAGAGGGUAAAUAGUUAAAUAUACUCGUGUACUCAAACAAUACACAAGUAUGUAAAAUAUAUACAUAAAAGCUUAGUGUAUUAUUGUAAUAUGUACCCAUGUGGAUACCUAAUUAUAUAAAUAUUAAAAAUAAUGUACACAUGUUGGUUUAGUAUAAAUUAUUUAUUAAAUAUGAAGGUAUUUUAAUUAUAUAAUUAUAUUAUGUAAGAUUAUAAAAAAAAUCAAUGAUUUUUUUCUUCGAUAAAUGUAAUUUGUAUUAUAUAAUUUUAAAAUUGAUAUAUGAAGGUGAUUUUACUAGUUAUAAUAAUUAAUUUUAAUUUUAUUAGUUUCGUUUUAAACUUUUAAAGUUGUGCUGUUAUAAAAGUAACUGUAGUUCUGAAUUUUGAAUUGAAUGAUUAAUUAAUUAAUAUUAUUUAGUCUAUUUAAAAUAACAAGUAAGAGUAAUAUAAUAUAUUUUGGAAAAACUUGAAAAUCGUUUGAACUAUACAUUAAUUUUUUUAUUCAAAAUCCUAAACUCAUUUCUUCCGGUUUCAAAAAUUUAAUUCAAAUAUUCAUAAACUAACAUGCCAGUUAUUAUUAUUAUUAUAAAAAACACUAAUUAAAUUCUGAUUUAAAAAUGAAAUUAUGAAAAAUUAAACAUUUAAUUUUGUUAUAGUUUUGUAAACAAUUUUUUAAAAUUCUGAUUUUUGGUACCCAGUUUUUUUAAAUUUAAUUUGAGUUGCCUUUUAGACAUUUAUAUUGUGGUGUAAAUCUAUCUAAUUUAUAAUUCACUCUGAUUAUAUUAUAGGUUAACAAUGAAUAAAUCUGUAGAUGGACCCUCAUUUGAAGAAAUUGAAAUCCCUGUACCAUUUGGCCAUGUUAGUGGUAAGUAUUUUAAUUUGAUGUUUAGUAUCACAAAUGUUUAAUAGAAUUAAGCCUCUACAUGGUCAAUAAUAUUGAGUCAGUUAAAUUACGUAAAUAUUUUGUAUAAUAUUCAUUCCUACUAAACAUAUCUAUUAUUGCCCAAUAUUUAGUUGAACAAAUGUUCAAUGGCCUUAUCGCUUAUGUUUUUUAGAUGGCAAUUUACUAUUAGUAUUCUAUUUUAUAAAGCCUCAUUGUUUUAAAAAUUAUACUGAAUUAAUCUGCAUUGGCAGUAGCCAUAGCAUUCAGACUCGCCCACAAAUUAAGAUAUAUCAUAAUUUAUAGACUCGUACAAUAUAUAAAUCUUAUUGCAAUACAAGUAGUAUUUAAUAUCACAAAAUUAGUGUUUAUGACAGUAAAACUAAUAUGAUUGAGUUAGUUUUUUAUUUUCCUUAUAGUUUUCUUAAAUUUACAAAAAAAAAAAUGUUGAGAAAGUAGGAAUGUUUAAAAAAAUAACAGUUUCAUUAUUUUCAAUUUGUUAUUUAAUUUUUGUAAUUUAGUUAAAAAUAAUCACAGUAUACUUAAAUUAGUGUUUUAUUGACAUUGUAAAUGUUUAAAACAUUCUGAUAGUUUUUAAGUUAUUUACUUGUAGUCUUUUAAAAUUUUCUAUUUUUAUUUAUUUUUAGUUUUUAUUUGAUUUGUCAUAAGUUGUACUUAGUGGUAAAAAAUGUGCAGUGUAGUAGAUACAUAUAUAAAAUACAAAUUUGAAUGGAAAUUGUAUAAACCACAUUUUUUUCAUAAACUAUUUUUCGGUUUAUGUAAAUAUAAUUUUUUAGCCUAUCCAAAAUAUUUUUAAAACAACUGAAAUUUAACUGAAAUGAUUAAUCAUUGUAUACAGAUAUAAAUUUAAUAAUUUUUUUUCCUGAAAGCAGUGCACUAUUAAUUUAGUUUUAAAUUUAUUUCAAAUAAUAUUAAGAUUUAGAAUGUAUAUUUAAAGUUUAUUUUGAAUUUGUUGCUUAGUAUAUAUUUUAUUUUAUUUUUAGCACAUUUUUAUUUAUUUUUUCGAUUUAGGUACUUCAACAUAAUUUUAUUUAAACUGCUUAGUAUUAUUUGUAUUCAUUCAAUAUUAUCUUUGCUGUUCAUAUAGUAUAUUUUAUUUGUUCAUAACCUUUGUAAUAGCAUCUAUUACAAUAAUGUAUUUAUGUAAAACAAAUUUGGUUAUUCAAAUUGCAAAUAUUUUUUUAAUCAUUUUAGUAUUUUAUCUCAAAUUUGCAUUGUUAAUUUUUAUGGUACUGGUUUAUUAUUGCUCCACCAGGCAAUUCAAAAAAAGUAUUACCCGGUCACUCAGGUUUGUUAUAAACUUGCCACCAUAAUGAUUUUUAAUAAUAAAAUGGAAUAUAAUAUAAAAUAUCCUAUUUAUUUAUUUAUUAUUUAUUCAUAAAUUAUAGGAAAAACGUAUUAUACAGGUAAUUUAGUUAUCAUAAAAUUUCAUUGAUAAAAAUGAUUUGGAACCGAUAGCCAUUAUAAACACAGAGAAUUAUUGUUCUAGCAGUUAUUAUAUUUUUAAUAUUUCUUACUAAAUUCAAUGAAACAUAUGUUGACCUACUUAUACUCAUAUAUUAGACACAAUUAUAUUAAAAUGUAAGAUAGGUGGAGUUUUCACUUAGUAAUAAUUUUAUCUGAACAUUGUUUUUCAUUUGAUAUUUAUUGCCCAAUAAUAAGUUAAAUCCAUUUUAUCUUGCUAGUACCUACUUAUUUAAAUAAUAACGUUAAUAUUAGUUAAGAUUUAAAUGUGUACAGAGUAAAACACGUGUACAAUUUUUUAUUAUUAUUUUACAUUAGCUAUAAUCUUAUAGACGAGUAAGAGGGUUUUAAAUACUGAUGAUCUUUUCUACAAAAAAGCAGUAGCUUUAACUAGGUUGUGAAACAUAUGAUUAAGCAUGAUUGAAUAAAGUGGACAGAAGUAUUAGAUGUUGAUAAUGUGACAAGAUAAUUCUAAUAAGAUAAGAUUAGUUCUACAAAAAUUGUAUUGAAACUGAUUGGGCGGUAGGCAGUUAACUAAAACAGAGAAUGAAUGUAGCCGAGAUGAAAAUGCUUCAGUGGAUCAGUAGAAAGUAAAUGAUUAAAUGAGAAAAUAGAUUGAGAUGGUUUAGGCGUGUCAUAAGGAGAGAGAAAUUAGAAGCAGUAAGAAAUAUAUUGAAAAUAAAUGUGGAAGAAAUUAUCAAAAAAGAGGUGAUUGGAUGCGAUUGAAAAUGAUAUGAGAUCGGUGGGUAUAUAUGAAGAUAAUGUGGGGGAUCGAGUCAAGUGGAAAUUUAGGACAAGGGUGGCCAACUUCAAAUAAUUGGGUUUAAGACAAAGGAGUAGAAGAUUUUACAUUAGUCAUAACUAGAGAGAAAACUCCAUAGAAAUGCACUUUAAAAUAUCAAAAAAAGAGCCCUGAAAAUUUGUCAAAAAUGACAGAAGAUUCAAAAAAUUUUAAAAUUCUCACCCCUCCCUCUAUAAUGACUAACCAUUAAAUACAAUUUUCUGUUACUACAAAACAAUCAACACAAUUUUUUAUAAUACAAUUUUAUUUAAAAACUUGUGUUAAUCAUUUUUGCAGUGUUCGAAAAUUGUACUUUAUAAGUUAGAGCCGUUAGAGGGGGACUUUUUUGUUUUUUUUAUGUGCGUUUUAAAGGCUUUCUCGACGUUUUAAUCGCUUUUUGGUAGAUUUUAAGUACAUAUCUAAUCAAGCACAAGUCAUAACAAAGUGGAUAAAGUUACUUUAGUUGAGUAAUCCACUUUCUAGAUAGUUUUCUUUACAACUAAAGUCCAAAAUUGGCAAAUGUGUACAUUAGUUAGUUUCGGACUUAUGCUGUGACAUAUAUACUAUAAUUAAAGUAUAUUUUUUUUUUAUAUUAAGGUAAAUGGUGGGGACCAAGAGAUAAACAGCCUAUAAUUGCAAUUCACGGAUGGCAAGAUAACGCUGGAACUUUUGAUCCAUUGAUUGAACUAUUACCUAAAGAUUUAUCAAUUUUAUGUAUAGAUUUACCAGGCCAUGGGCGAUCGUCUCAUAUUCCCCAGGUAAAAAUAUUUUUUUUAUCUCCUUCCAUGGCUUAAUAAAGAACAUCCAGGGUCUUUGCUGUAAUCAUCAUACCUCUAUGCUUCUCUGUUAUUAACUAACUUUUCGCUGUCUUAUUACUUUUAACCACAGUUGUAUAAAUUAUAUACUAGAUAACUGUGCUCCUAGAUUUUCCUCUCCUACUCGUACUAUUCUCUUUCCAUUGUGUAUCCAUUUUAUUGCCUUCUCGAAUUGUUUAAUCUCUUGCUCUCUAUAUAUCUUACCUAUCUAAUACAUUUACUUUUCAACAUUGCCACUAUAUCUAUUUCACCAAAGAUUUCCCUACGCUUCAAAUUUAUUUUGUCAUUCCCACAGGCCUGUUGAACAAUUUUUUUUUUGGAUCCAAUUUUUUUUAUAAGACCUUCAUCUCGAAUAUAGUUAUUUUUGUUUGUCUGUUUUUAUAAUUGUCCAUGUGUUACUUACAAAUAUAGUAAUUGGACAUACCAUUACUUUGUAGAAUAUAGUUUUUGUUUUUAGCAAAAUAAGAUUCUAAAACAAGUUUUAGAACUAAGAAACAUCUGUUAGCUGUAUUUAAAUAUGUUCUAGCUUAGUUGGUUUUCUUUAUGAUAGUAUUUAUAUUUUGUAAUUGCUUAUACUCAAUUUAUUAGAAUAUGUUUCCUUUUUUUAAAAGUAUUUACCACUAGUUCCAUGUUUUUGUUUUUCUAUAAGUAAUUUUGAUAAAGUAUAAGUCUUCUCUUUUACCUUGCCAAUUAGCACUAUAUUUUAUGCAUGUUAUUACUCCUGACAUAAUCUAAUAUUCUCUUAAGUCUUGUAUUUGUUUUCCCAAAAACAUUUUAUUAACUUAUAAUUUAAUUAUGAAACAGUUGCACUUACACACCAGAUCAUAUUAUUUCUUAUACUUGUUAAUAUAAAAUAAAUGUAAUUAAACAUUUUUUAUAGGGUUUACCAUAUUAUUUAUUUUGGGAUGGUUUAGCUAUUUUAAGAAGAAUAGUCAGAUAUUAUAAUUGGAGACGUAUUUCUAUUAUGGGUCAUUCUCUGGGUUCUGCUAUUGGAUUUUUAUAUGCAUCAUCAUACCCUGACGAUACAGAAAUGUUGAUAUCCAUUGAUACUGUAGCACCAGUAGUUUUUGAUCCUAGUGAAAUUGUUAAAAAUACUGGGCCAAAUCUUGAUAAGUAAAUUUUAUUUUAUAUAAUAUUUUACAAUAAAUUUUUUAUAUUAAUCAGUAUAAUAAUCUACUUAACUUCAUUUUUUUUUUCAGGCUCAUAUAUUUUGAUGCACUUGAACCUGACAAAAUGCCGGCUUAUGGUUAUUCAGAUAUGAUAGAUUUAGUUGUGGAUGGACACCAUGGUACAUUAACACGUAAAUCAUGUGAAAUACUUAUGAAACGUGGCAUGUAUCCCAUAAAAAAUAAUAAAUACAUGUUUUCAAGAGAUGUUCGUCUUAAAGUAAAUAUAUAUUUUUAUGGAACAAUAAAUUUAAUAGGAUUUACUAAUAAUUGUUAGUUAUAAAAAAUGUGUGAUUUGGGAGAAAUAUUUCAUUAAAUUUAAUUUGUAUACCUACUGAUAUCUUCAAUAUAGGCAUUCUGAUAUCUUAUUAUAUUUUUUUAAUUAGACAACUUAUUUUCUUUCUACUAUUUUCCUUAUGUUUAUUUAGGAUAAAAAAUGUCCUUUCUUAUCUAAACCAUUUUAUUUUUAUUUUGUUUUAACUUCGCCUUAAUUAAUUUUUACAAAACUAUUAAUAAUAAUAUGAGACUUUAAAAUAUAGUUUAAUAUAGUUAAUAAAAUGAGAAAAUAUAUAAUACUAAUAAUAAUGCCUGGUAUUUUAUAAAUUAAUAUGAUAAUACAAAUUUAUAUCGCACAUUAAUUCAAUAUUUAGUAGAUAUAAUACUUUGAGAUUCUUAAUAGAAAUUAUAUUACAUAUAAUUUUUGUAAAUAAAAUUAUAAAUAUUCUUUAUAUAUUCAUAUAGUACAACCUAUAAAGAUUAUGUAUUUUAUUGAAAUAAAAAUAGACUACAUAGCGUAAAUGCUUAAAUUACUAAUGGGAAUGCUACACAAUAACAUAAUAUUACAUUUUGCAUGUACAGGUAUCUUGGAUGGGUUUACUAUCACUAGAUGUAGUAAAAGAAUUUGCUGGUCACAUAACAUGUCGCUAUAUGAAUAUCAAAGCUAAACCAUAUAGAUCCAUGGAUAAUUGGCCAGUAUAUUCAGAAGUUUUGGAAAUAAUAAAAACAAAUGCAAAGGAAUUUUUUUAUAAGGAAUAUGAUGGUACUCACCAUUUGCAUCUCAAUAAUCCAGAGUCUAUAGCUCCAGAUGUUACAAUUUUUAUUCAAAAUCCCAUAAACUCAUGA